CGUGAUCAAGUAGACAGAGCUACAAGCGCAUUCCACCUGCGACCAGUCGGCCUGCUGCACGUCCGUGUAACCUACCCACGAUGAGGGCCGUUCUACCGUACUUAGGUAGUCAAAUGACCCAUCUGCAAAACUAACCACCUUUUUUGUGUCAUUUCUAUUUCCUGCGGCCAUCUUCCACAAGCUAAAAUCCAUGACUCGGGAGGAAUAUCCAUGUGAUGGAUUUCAAUCCCCUCGACUUGCUGGCUUCCACUGCUCUCGGAGACAAUAACUCGGUCCAGAAGGGUGCGCAGACAGAUCCACAACAGCCUAAGCCUGCAGGUGCUCAAGAGGAGGAAGAGGAUGAGCCAGACAAAAUUGGUGAUGAUAAAGAAGAGAAUGUUGAUGGUAUGACAUAUGAAGGUGUGGAUAAAAACUGUGAGAAAAGUGACAAAAUGGGUUCUGUGAAAAGCCUGAAGAAGAAAAAGGCUUUUUCCAAGUGUACAACAGCCACCAGUGCGGACAGUGCAUGUGCUGUGAAAAAGAGUGUGGAAGAUGUGCACAGCACUUUGCCUGCAGUUGUAAGUACACUUCCUGCACAUUUUCAGGAGGACAAAUGUGAGCAGGGAGUUGUGGUGGACAGCAAAGUUCAGGAGAGCAACACAGAAAACCGGCCAGUUGAAAAGUCCGCAGGAAAAACAUUCACACAGGAAAACUUUUCUUCUGACCUACAUAAAGAAAACAAUAUUGCUCUUGAACACACUGAAGACAAGCCAGAGUCUUUUGAAAACUCAAGGAUUUCAGAGGAAACAAAGACUGAUCAUACAGUGGUGACUGAAUCUGGAUUCGGUGAUUCGUGUGAAGAAGUUGCAAAGCAGAGCACUGAUCAUGAGCAGGAUUCAUCUCCAUGUGAGACAGUUUCAGAAAAAGAAUCUUGCUCAUCUGCCAAAGUUGUUGAAAAAGUGGAUCAUACCAACCAGGAAAGGAACUUUGCUGCUACAGAUGAGCAGACUGGUAGCUUGCUCCCUGUUGAGGACUUAAACCAGUCCCAAGCUGACAGUAAACAAGACAGAAAUGAACUUAAAAAUGAGUCAUGUGGCAGUUGUGAUCUGAGCACUUCGAAUCUACAGCCUCAACUGGGUGUGCCAGUUAAAAAAGAGGAAGAAGAAACCCAUCUUGGGGAGGUAUGUGAAACAAAUCUUCAACUCAACUCAGGGAUCAAAGAACUAGAGGCACCUGUGACAUGUUCUGAUGCUGAGGCCAACAAAGUUCCAGCAUCCUUGCAGACUGCAUGUCAUUCUCUUAGUUUGGUGCUAUUAGAUCAUUGUUAUGCUGUGGAUCCAGGAAGACCAAUUAAUCAGCAAAAUGCUGAUAUGACAGAUGACAGUGCUGAUGUAUUUGAGUGUGGUGAUGAAAGUGGUUCAGUAGAGGAUAUAGAACGCAGGCCACGAAGUUUGUCAGUGGACAGUAAUUAUCUGCAGUAUGGAUUACCAGGCACACCAAUGUGUAAUGAACAAGACCACCUGCCUCAAACAGACAAGUUAUCUCUUCUUUCACCAACACCCUCUGUGGAUUCCCUGUCAAACGACUCUGCUGCUUCAGAGAACUCAAUUGCCCCAGGAUCUUAUUACUCUAUUCUUGUGCAAGGUUCCCAGAAUCAAAGUCGAAUUUCCCAUCAGUCUGCCAGAAAGUUUUCGACAACUGAAAACCUUUCAUCCAUGGAUGAGCAAUAUUCUGGGAUUGAGCCUGUUAAAUUUUUUAAUCCAAACUCUGUGGAAAGCAAUAGCUGUACUGGAAUUGCACCAAAAUGUGGCAAGUUCCGGAUUGGAACUUUUGCAUCUUUUAGCAGCUCUAAUUUGGAACUUGACAGAGAUUCACAUGUGUCCAAAAGUAAAGACAGGUUGAAAAUUGGGAUUCCCACAGAGUCGGGCAUCAGGUCGUCCCUGCCAUCUCCAGCUCUUGUUUCUCCAGGUUCCCCAUUUCAGCUGCUGCAGUCUCCUGGGAUGGAGUGGGACCGCUCUGAUGCUGGAUCUGAUAUGCAGGAUGACCUUGACUCUACUACCACCGAGGAAAAGUACCUCAGCAGCUCCCAUGGUUCAGACAGUUUUGGAACCAGUGCUCAUUUGCCCUGGGUGCACUCUGUCCAUCAUGACCAUGAUUAUUGUUCUAGAGAGCUGUCUGAGACAGUCUUAUCAGGCAAGCCAGUGGCAGAAGUGAGGCCACUAAAAGUGGGCAAGCGAAAAUACACAAGGAGAAAAGAUAAACUAGGGCUUCUUGACAUGGAUGAUGAUACCAAAAGCAAAAUUAAAAGCAAAGGAAAGUAUUUAAAACGAGAACUGCUAAAACAGGACAGUCGGUUUUCUCUCCCAAGCAGCUUGGACAUCAAGCAGCAGGUGAAGCCUCUGUCAUCGUCAGAUCAGGUUACUGUAAAGCCCAAUCCAGUGGGUAGACCUCGCAAACGGGUGGACAAGCAAGUGGAAUCAGAUAUUGAUCCAGAAACAGGUACCAAAAUGAAGAUCACCGGCAAUUUCAAGGACCAUUAUGUGUACUAUUACAGCAAAAGCAACCAUAACACCAGACGAAAACUCAGAGAAGGUGUUCCGCUGCCUUCUUCUGACAAAAUAAUUCUGCCUGCACCAAAGCCAGGAGAUAUAGUUGUUCCGCAUCUGUCUGAUGCUGACAUUGAGGCAAUAAAACAGGGUGGCAGAGCUGCACUAAAAAAGAAUGGUUCAGGACUGUGUGGUGCGUCUGUGCUUUCUCUCCCUCAUCAGGACCACAUGGCUGACAUGGACAGCAAAAUUGUCAACACCAUCCUUAGCAUGGAGAGUGACAGUCUAGGCUCUCCCUUACCUGCUCAGGGUGAUGACUUGUCUGACCACAUGGACUUGUAUGAAGAGCAUCCUGCUCCAGAUACUGUGGGCUUCAUGGGUGAUAGCAUGGCAUUGACACCUGACCAGGUGGAUCUUCUUUUGAGUGUUGUGAAGGAUGUAGAGGUCCCCAGUUACCCUCUUGAACAUGGGGAACACAGACUCACCACUAGUCAGGCCUAUGAGUUCCUGACCACUGGGGACACUUCACAUUCUGCACCUACUGUUCUAGAUAGUUUGGCAUCAACAACUGUAGAAAAAGAUUUCAUUGAGUCCAUUAUGCCUCAUAAUGACUCCAAAACUGGCGUUGUGGGGAAUUUGGAUAGUGUUGCAAAUAGUGAUAACAUAAAGAUGGAGCCAUUUGAAAGAAGCGAAUUAGAUGAUGCAGCGAUGAAGGUGUCACUAAAGGAUGAACCGAAAUCUGACCAAGAUUCAGACAAAGGUUUACUUGAUAGUAAUAUGCCCCCAACCAGUUUGCCAAUGUCCACAUUUGACAAGACACUGGAAUUUCUGAAAGAUGAUUUUCGAACGGAUUUGUUUCCUGAAGCAUCCUUACCAGUGCAAGUAGAUGGUCCUAAUUCUAGUGCUCGUCUUUCAGAACAGCCACCAGUAGAGACCACCGACACACCAUGGAUCGUGACAGUGACCAUCUACUGGAAUGACAUUCCUGCUAUCAUCAUCAACAACCAACCCUAUGUCCGACUGGUGGACAUCCACAAGCAGAUUCUACCAGCCAAAGAUACAGGCAUCCUCAAGAAGCGAUGCCAGCUGAUGAACAUACCAGUGCAGAAUUGCACUGACAUGCAGCGCUACUUUCUUGUGCAGUAUGGUCGUGCUUAUAACUCCAAGAGCACUCUGGUGAUUACAAAGGACCAGGCCCAGGAACUGAUUGGCUACUAUGUUGACCCACAACCCCGUCUUCGCACAGAAGAAAGUGGCAGCUACCUUAAGAAGAGUGGCAGCUGUGUGGAGCUGAGUGCCCUGUCUGACAGCUCAUCUCAUCACCCAUCUCCUUUUGCUUCUCCGAGAAGAAGAGGAGGGUUUCGUCGCCGGGCAACACCAGCCACUAGUCGAAACCCAAGCCCUGUACAUUCUCCUAGGCCUUCUCCUAGUCCGGACAUCGGCCAAUCUCAACAACCUCCAACUUCGAUUCCAGUGUCGGCGCCAACCGAGGUUACCUUGACAUCAAAACGGUUACGUCAUAAAAAGAUAAACUUUCUGGAACUGUUACGAGGUGAGGAAUCCCCAUCAGCUGUGAGUCCAGAGUCUCCAAGACCAGAUGACACUUUGCUAGAUGCUGGCAUGAUAGAUGAAAGCACCUUUAAGGAAGAUGGCAGAAGAGGGAGACGCAAGAGGGGCCGCAGCAAAGACACGCAAGAUGGGGAAAAUCCAAUGAGACAGAAUGGCCGGGGGUUCAAGAAAAGAAAACAGGGUGAUGAAAGCAAAAUUACAUCACCCAAACAAGUAGAAAGACCAGAUGAGGUUGACAUCUCUGUUGAGAUGGCAAAUUCUUAUGAACGUGUAAAAGUGAAGAAACGGUCUCCUGGUCUGUCAGCUUCACCAGCGGCAGCUUUAAACAGGCCCAGGGCCUCCAGGUUUGGACCUUUAAAAGUAAAACUGAAGAGUUUGCUGCAGUUUCCUCGUCUCAGGAAACCACGCAAACAGUUAAUGGGGAGAAAGCCACAAGUAGCAGACGGGACAGAUUUGGGUGGCAGCAUGCCGCUCCGCGUUCUGAAAAUCACUCACCAGGAUGCUGAAGGGAAAGUGGCAGGUGGUGGAGUGAUGUCACAAGAAGCAGAGGUGCACCUUGACUUGUACAAACAACGUACUUCACUGUGUGUCAAGUGUUGGACAUGUGACAAGUUUCUGUCCGUGCCCAGAUUUCUUCAGCAUCAGCACUUGUCUUCGGGCAGCCAGUCUCUGACAACAGUCAAACAAUUACAGGUGCUCAUGCCCAUGAACAAAGAGAACAUCUCCGAAGAGGAAGAGCACCUGUGGAAUGAAUUUGUGCACCUCCAGCGACACUUGGACCAAUCCUCCAUCAUAACUGGCAGCCUCAGCAGGAGGCUUCAGCAAGGAGGGCUUCGUUUGCUUUUGUCAGAAGCAGCACCCCCAUCUAGGGUUUCCCUGUCAGAUGUCCAUUCCUCCCUGGGAGAGCAGCAUGUACACAGUUUCACGCAGUUAGAUGAUGUGGACCAGUCGGACAGUGGGCUUGCUCCAGAUUCUGUGGGCAGCUGCAUGGAGCAGGAGUCAACUCCAGCGACAUCUGUUUCCUCACCGGAUGAUGGCAUUGGUACUAAUUCUGAUGCCAGCAUUGCAGAUGAAUGUUCCAGUGCUUUAGACACUAGGACAGUCAGACACAAAAAAAGUGAAAUUCUUUUUCAAAGUAGCAGCUUUCCUCCACCUCCUUUAACACACACUGUGAAAGAAGAGAAAAAACUAGACAUUCACUUCGGGGAGCAGAAGACCCCAACCACCAUUCAUUGUCAAGGGCAACAGAACCUACCACUGAAAAUUAAACAGCACCGCAUGCGAAAGGUUUUCCCGUCUUCAAAUGUCCGCACAAGCUCUCGAAAAAGGAAGGAGAAGCAGUUUUUCUCUAUUGAGAAUUAUUCCUUCUCCAGAAAGAGUGCAAAGCUAGACAGUGCUGAGAGGCGUGAGUCUGGCAUGAGCUUAGAUGUAAACCAGUCCGCAGAUAAACCUGCCAGUGUCGUUGCCCAAGACAACGGGUCAGAACUUAUGUCUUUCACCUAAAUCAAGAAUUGGAACUGUAGAGGCUUCAGUUUCAUUUCAUUUGCCCAUUGAACUUUCUGUCAUGCCCUAAAAUCAUAAUGAAAAGUUUAGAUUCAUUUGUUAUGAAUGGUUAGUGUUUUUGUUAUUUGAGUUAAAGUGUCUAAGUUCACUACCAGCUCAAAAUAAAAAAAAAACAUGAAAAAAAUCUUGCUGGCUUUUCCCACAAUUCUUCCCCCAUCUUUCCUCACAGUGCUGAUUCAUACGUGUCUGUAUUUGUAUUGUACAUGGGCGUGUACACUGUACAUCUGUGUAUCAUACAUGGGAAUGUAUGCUGAACAGGAUUUGUGAGGUAUUUCGCCAUACACUUGUUGAUUUGAUUUUCCCUGAGGAAAUAGAUAUUAAAAUCCAGCUGUGAAAAAGCUAA